CCUCUGUAGCCCGGAAGCAGAAAACCACACCGAAACAAGGCAAACCACAGAAUCCCGAAGGAGAACAAAAAAUCGUUGUUACUCACAGUUGCAACGUUUCUCUCUAAUCUCGCUUAGCUUCAGGAAAACAAAAAAAAAACAAAGAACACAGCACCAAAUUAAUCCUCCAAUUCUUCCACUACUCCAUUCCUCUUGGCGCUUAAUCGCGCGCGCGCGAGAACACAAGAGGAACCCAAGGCGAUCAGCGAGGAUGGUGGCGAUCGAGAACCAGAGCCAGGCGGUGCAGGCGCAGGUGCAGCGGGCGGCGGAGGCGGCUCGGAUCCCCAAGGAGGCGAGGCGGCUCCUGCACGAGCUGGCGGCGGCGUGGCCGAACGUGGCGGACUGCCGGGCGCUGGAGGUGGUGCCGCUCAAGGGCGCCAUGACCAACGAGGUGUACCAGGUGCGCUGGCUCACCGCCCCUGCGGCGGCCGCGGGCGGCGAGAAGGAGAAGGAGGCGCUCAAGGAGCGGGAGAUCAGGAAGGUGCUGGUGCGGAUUUACGGCGACGGCGUGGAGCUCUUCUUCGACCGCGAGGACGAGCUGCGCACCUUCGAGUGCAUGUCCCGCCACGGCCAGGGACCCCGCCUCCUCGGCCGUUUCCCCAACGGCCGCGUCGAGGAGUUCAUCCACGCCCGGACACUGUCAGCUGCCGACCUACGCGAUCCUGAAAUUUCAGCUCUGGUGGCCACAAAAUUGAGGGAAUUUCACAACCUUGAUAUGCCUGGUCCGAAGCAUGUGCUCCUUUGGGACAGACUGAAGAACUGGCUCAAAACUGCCAAGAACCUGUGCCCAACUGAUCAAGCGAACGAACUACGCUUGGAUUGCUUGGAGGACGAGAUCGCCACAUUGGAGAAAGAAUUUUCAGGGGAUUACCACCACUGGAUCGGUUUCUGCCACAACGAUCUCCAGUAUGGCAACAUCAUGAUUGAUGAAGAGACCAACAUGCUGACCAUCAUUGAUUACGAGUAUGCAAGCUUCAACCCAGUUGCAUACGACAUCGCUAACCAUUUCUGCGAGAUGGCAGCUGACUACCAUUCAGAAAAGCCUCAUGUACUGGACUACAGUAAAUAUCCAGACAUUGAUGAGCAGAGGCGUUUCGUGAAGACUUACCUGAGCACUUCUGGCGAGGAACCUGAAGCGGAAGAGGUGCAGAAUCUGCUUCAGAGCAUUGACAAGUACACACUCGCCAGUCAUCUGGUUUGGGGUCUCUGGGGAAUAAUAUCGGAUCAUGUCAACGAUAUCGACUUCGAUUACAAGGAGUACGCAAGGCAGAGAUUCGAGCAGUACUGGCAGAAGAAGCCUGUGGUCCUAACUUCAUGAAAAAACUAUGAAAUAAGCCCAUGGCGAUCAGUGACUCCCUGAUGGCCUGGGGCUGCACAUAAUCAUGUGCAGUGUUACUGACGCACACACACAUCCCCUGGCUGGGUCAGGACAGGAAGGAUCGAUGUGAAAGAAGCAGAUGACGAAGAAGUAGAAGCCGGUUUCGGGAUCAGGAGUUCUCAACUUCUCAUGCCGAAACUUCAUAAGGCUCAGCUAUCUAUGGGAGAUUUUGAUUUGCUUGUCUAUAACGUGAACGCAGCGAGGAUGAAUCCCCGGAGUUGCAUUUUUGUAUGUUCAGUUUCGCUAAGCGCCGCUGGUGGUGCACUGGUGCUAGUCCUGUUGUUGCUACUUGCUAGGUUCUGUACACUUAACAGAGAAUAUAUAUAUAUAAAUAGAUCUCCUAAAAAAAAGUAAAAUAGCGAACUUGAUUU